GCAGGCGCCCCGCGCGAUCCACUCGCCUUCUCUCGGCCCGGUUCGAGUUCAACCUUGGACUUAAGUUGAGUUCAGCUGCAGGAGCUGAAGCCGAGACAAAAGACAAGCACGCCGCGUGUGUCUGUGCGUGCGCGCGCGCCUCUCGAUGUGUGGGAUGGAUCCACUCAGCGGAUGAGGCGCAGAGCAGACGCGCCGCUGCUUUCCGCCUGUCCCCCUCCCCUCUCUUGUUUGUUUAUUUCCCUCCAGAAGGCCACAUUACAACUUCUCCAUCAUCUGGAAAAUCCUUGAUUUUUAAUUUUUUCCUCCUCACGGAGAUCAUAACGGCCCGGUUGGCGGACGGGCGACUUCGCAACAUGGCCGAUGCUUUCUUUCUGACUUUAUUGAUGCUCAAAAUGUUCAUCGGGGGUCUUAGUUGGCAGACAACACAAGAGGGCUUGCGGGAGUACUUCGGUAAAUUUGGGGAGGUGAAGGAGUGCAUGGUGAUGCGGGAUCCCGUUACCAAGCGGUCGAGGGGGUUUGGCUUUGUAACAUACGCAGACCAAGCCGGGGUGGAACAGGUUUUGGCGCAAAACAGACACGAGCUUGAUUCCAAAACGAUUGACCCAAAGGUGGCGUUCCCCCGCCGGGCACAGCCUAAGCUGGUCACCAGGACAAAGAAGAUCUUUGUUGGAGGUCUGUCAGUCAAUACCACCAUUGAAGAUGUGAAGCAGUACUUUGACCAGUUUGGAAAGGUCGAUGACGCUAUGCUCAUGUUUGACAAAACUACCAACAGGCACAGAGGUUUCGGGUUCGUCACCUUUGAGAACGAAGACGUGGUGGAGAAAGUGUGUGAAAUCCACUUCCAUGAGAUCAACAACAAGAUGGUGGAGUGUAAGAAAGCACAACCCAAAGAGGUGAUGACGCCGACAGGCUCGGCCAGAGGUCGCUCCAGAGUGAUGCCUUAUGGAAUGGACACCUUCAUGCUGGGAAUCGGCAUGUUAGGCUAUCCAGGAUUCCAGACUACUACCUACACCAGCCGCAGCUAUUCUGGGAUCGCUCCUGGUUACACUUACCAGUUCCCAGAAUUCCACUUAGAGAGGACCCCCCUCCUGACAUCGUCCCACCCCCAUGAGCUGACAGCCAUUCCCCUGACUGCGUACGGACCAAUGGCAGCUGCAGCCGCCGCAGUCGUUAGAGGCUCCACCCCUUCGCGCACAGCUGGCUUCCUGGGCACGAGCAGCCCCGGACCAAUGGCUGAUCUGUAUGCUGCAGCCAAUCAGGACUCAGGAGUCAGUAGCUACAUCAGUGCCGCCAGCCCCGCCCCCAGCACCGGGUUCGGCCACGGUUUAGGGGGUCCUCUGAUUGCUACUGCAUUCACUAAUGGCUACCACUGAGAAGACUCAGGUCAGCGAGGAUGGGGGGGGACGCUUCUCCUCUGCUGUUGAGCUGAUCGGAAUGCCGGUUUCCUGUUAACGGCACCAUCUGAUUGGCCGGCCACAGGCUCUGCUGGACUCUCUCCUGGUUCCACGUGGCUCCACCCACCGACUGAAUAUCUUUUUAAAAAGCAGAACUCUUGUUUUUUUUCUGCUAUACUAAUCUCACGUCAACAUAACGUCACCGUUUCUCCUCCUGUAGCGUAACAGCUAGACCCUUUCCCCUCCCUCCCUAGGACUAUCGAUAUUCUCUCUUUUUUUUUAAAGCUGCAAAAAGACUGAAAAAAAUCUUGUCUUUUCUGUAAGACAAGGAGAACUGUUUGUUUUAAUAAUUAUUAUUAUUUUGAAAGCGAUCUGUCAUUUCCCUCAGAGCUGUUGCUGAAAGAAAAAAAAAAGAUGAGUCUUUGCCUGAAAAGCGUUUUUAACAAAAAGGAAGAACAAGUCCAGACUAGAGGUCCUUUUUUUAAGUGUCACAGAAUCAUGGGGGGGGGGUAAAAAACCUAAAGUGUAUAUUUUGGUAGUCUUUAAAACAAAAACCUUUGUAAUAUUGUUAUUAAUAUUGACAUUAUAAUGAUGAUCUGUAAGGUAUUUUAUUCUGUAAUUGGUUUGAAAGCAAUGUUUUUAUGUCUUCCUGUAAGAUAUUGUACAUAAAGACAGGGAAGGGAGGAGGAGGGGGGGGGGGGGGUCACCAGCUGGCAUGUCCUCGGUUGGUUUGGAAGUGGGGUGGGGGGGGGGUGGGGGUUGGAUGUCAGUUGCUGCUUUCUGUGCUCAUCUCACUGCUUUUAUCAGUAUGCGCGUCGUCCACGGCGACGUCUGUUCACAGCAGCAGCUGCAGCUGCAGCACCGGGAGUCGUCUGGGCAAAUUCCUUCAGUUAAACCCACAUCUUCUUCUGCAAAAUCCUCCCUUUUUUGGUUAGCAUUUCAUCUCCGGAAAGAAAACAUGAUCUGCACCCCCCCCCCCCCCCCCCCCCCCCCCCACACACACACACACAAAAAAACAAAAAAACAACAACAUAAAUUUCCAAAAACUCGAAGGACUUGUAGAAGAAUAAAAGCCCCCACCGGGAAAAAUCAGAUGCUCCAGGUGGAUUUUCAUUCUGAAAAUAUUAUAUAUAUAAAUAUAUAUACUAUCUUUUUUGCGCUGUUCACUUCUUAAGUUUUAUUUUUUGUUGUCAUUUGCUUUUUUGAAAGGAAAGGUUUCCUCUUUUGGCGGUGUUGUCACCGUGUAAACAAAUGAAGGACAUUCUCAGUUGUAGAAAAAAACCCCAUCUGCCCUCUUGUGGCUUUUGAAGGUGCAUGUGACUGAGUGUGUGCGACUGAGCGUUUGUGUGCACACAACAAAGAGUAAUAUGGAACUACUUCUGGCAACGAAGAAGUGAUUUUGAUUGCCUUUUUUCUUUCUUCUUUGGUACUGAAAAAACAAACAAACAAAAAAAAAAAAUCACCCUGUUCUGUUUUGGUUCGGCUGUUCGGAACUUUUUCCAACUGAAUAUUGAUUUGUGCGAAACGCCUGCUCCUCUGGAACCAACACAUUGUUGUUUAUAUGAAGUUGCUGCUCUAUGUGGUGUGAACUAGACAGAACCAGAAAAGAACAGGGUCCUGCUCCCAGUCGGCUCUGACGGUAGAACCAGAAGACGCUGGCCGGCAGGGAAAACUUUGAAAAGCUGGAACAUUUAGAGGCUCUGGGAAAACACGGGGUGUGUUUGUUCAGCCUGAUGUUCAGCGCAGCAGAAGACUUCCUGCUCCAACCAGCUGUUCCUCUCAGACAGACUGGGAGACCAAAAAAAAAAAAAAACUACUGCUGGACACCGACACUGUAACUUUUUAACUUACAAUAAAGCAAUAAGUUAUUUUUUACCUUACAAAUGAAAAUUGUACUAUUAUUGGUAAGAGCAGACGAUACGUGGAGAAUUCUGCAGCAUUAAGACUUAUUUUCAGAAAAAAGAAGCUAUAUUUUUCUGUUUCGAUGUCUUGUUCCCCUUGUAUAUUAUUUUUAUUGCUAUCUUUUGUUGUGAUGAUUUAAGGAAAGGGUUGAUGUUGUGAAAGCGGCUCUUUGUGAGCUCACACACUUUCAACAUUUGGACUGUCCCCUGCCGAGCUUUUCUUUUUGUUGUUGUUUUUCUUUCAUUUUCUUUCCUCUGACAAUUGAAAUUUGAAGAUCUUAAUAAAUUAUUCUAAAGUG